CUUGUUCGCAGGUUUCCUGGUCAGUCCGUCUGAUGCUGGAGUCGGAUUCGCCUCUCUGUGGAUAAUCGCAUCGUGCUAUUCUUCUGAUUACAUCGAUAUGAAGGCGCUAAUAGGGCUGCUGCUGUUGGUCUUUGGUCACGAUGUGUCCUCAGUGAUCCACUCUCUGCAGGUUUUCGACACGGCGUCGUCUGGACUCUCAACCUUCCCAGAGUUUGUGAUGGUUGCGAUGGUGGAUGAGGUUCAGAUUGAGUACUAUGACAGCAACACCCAGAGAAUCAUAACCAAACAGGACUGGGCGGGCCAGGAUUACAGAGAAGACCCCGACUCCCUGGAGAGGGCAACUGAAAACAGAAAGGGAGCCCAGCAGCUCUUCAAAGCCGGCAUGGGGACUCUGAAGAAGCGCUUUAACCAGACAGGAGGUGCCCACAUUAUUCAGAGGAUGCAUGGUUGUGAGUGGGAUGAUGAGGAUGGUACUACUGAGGGUUAUGACCAGUUUGGUUAUGAUGGAGAGGACUUCAUAUCGUUGGACCUGAAGACCCUGACCUGGGUCGCUCCAGUGCAUCAGGCUCUCACCACCAAACACAGAUGGGAACAGGAUAGAGCUUUUAUGGAACAGCAGAAGCACUACUACACCAAGGUGUGUGUUGAUUGGCUGAAGAAGGUCCUGGCCUACGGGAAGAGCACUCUGCAGAGAACAGAUCGUCCGCGGGUGUCUCUGCUCCAGAGGAGCCCCUCCUCCCCAGUGGUGUGCCAUGCUACAGGCUUCUACCCUAACAGGGUGGUGGUGUUCUGGAAGAGAGACGGCCAGGAGCACCAUGAGCAGGUGGACCCCGGGGAGGUCCUCCCCAACCACGACGGGACCUUCCAGGUCAGCGUGGACCUGGACCUCACGGCCGUCCCACAGGAGGACUGGGGGAGGUACGAGUGUGUGGUCCAGCUGAAAGCCAUCGAGGACAUCUCCACCCCCCUGGACCACGCCCACAUCAGGACCAACGGGGAGGACAGUCACAUCCUUGCUUUCAUCCUCACUGGAGUUGCUGUUCUUGCUGUUGUUGUUGCUGCUGUUGUUGGAGUCUUACUGUACCAGAAGAGGAACGAUUCAGACAAGCGUCACAAACCAGUUGGUUCUGACACCAGCUCUGAGAACACUGAGGGGCAGAAGCUGGCUCCUGAGGCCCAACCUCUGACCACAGUUCAAAGUUAAAUCAUGAAGAGGCUUCUCACGUUCACCUUCCUAAACCAGGAUGGAGUGGAUCGCUGUUCAUUUAUAAUCCUUACUAUCAGGCUUGGGAUUUCAGCUAACUGCAGAGUCUGCAUUUGCUAAAUUACAAUAUUCAUACUUGACUCUAUUUUGAUAACAAUCAUCAAUCUGUAAGAAGUGUAAAUCAAUUACAUCUCUAUUUGUGAUAGAUUUGAUUAACUCUGCUGCUUCACGUUAAAACCUUUUAAUUAUGUUAUAUUGUUUAAUAAUAUUUAAGUUUCAAAUAAUGUUCAAAGAUUCUGAAUCAAGAUUUUGGACAGUGAGAUUUUGUCAAGUUUCAAUACAAUAAUCGAUUAAUUUAAUUUGUUUCAUUAAAAUAUAUCAUUUGAGCCUUCUGCUAGCUUGAGAACUGCAUCGUUAUAGGCUACCACAAUCGUGCUAUGCCGCUUUAGCCUUAAUUCUCUUUGUUGUAUUUUCUGUGUUCUUUGGGGAAUUGGAUAGUAUACUUGGGUUAUUCUGUCAAUAAAAUACAUAAAAAUUGUUUUAGCCUAUAUAUAUAUUUAAUAUACUUAUCGUUAGGUAAGGUAUACAUACUUUGUUUAGAGGUUAUGUUUAUUAUUAAAGGUUGUUAGGUUAUAGGUAAAUCCUAAGGAUUAAAUUGACAAAUAUGAACUAAUUG